UGGUUGUCGCGGAAGCAAAGUAGGCGCUCGCGCCCGCACUUAGGACUCCCGGCCGAACUCCCGUUAUAAUGAACACCACUUGUUGUCUGCGCGGGCAGUGCGCCGACCGCACGCCCUUCUUCUAACGCGAAUGUAUUAUUUUCACAUUCGGACAAAAUUUUGCAUAUAAGUGUGCCGCAGUAUUCAAAUUAUUUUAAUUUUAUAGUGAUAAUAUAUUUAUUAUUUACAAAAUGUGUCUUAAAAGUAUAAUAAUCUAUUUUUAUUUGGCGACAAUAGCUGUCUGCGUGGUGGGAGACUGUGGGCCAAAAUUAAAGUAUGCGUGGGGAGAUGCACUCCAAGGAAUAGAUUGUCCAGGUCCUGACGGCACACCAUAUCCCAGACAUCUUGUGAAUCGAGCGUUGAAGUCAACAUGGGGUCAGAGUCGACAAGGCAGAAUGGCGCGGGUCCUCGACCCUUCGGUAAUGCGACGGGCGCUUCUUGACGCACACGCCGGCUACACUGAGGGUGCCGUUAAAGCUUCGAGCGGAAAUAGAAGUGCAAGGGCGACAAAUCUACCCGGCCUCACUCCGGGUAACACCAAUACAUGCGGAGGAUCACGCCUGUGUCGGACGCGGUACAACACGACUGCACCAAUGUAUGGUGUCUCGCUAACAUCGGGACAGCCGGUGACAAUCGUUCAGAAAUUCCCGGAUCUUUUACAACAAGUUGUUUUUGAAGUUUGCGAAUCUAGCGAAUGUUCCGUUGUCCGUGGAUCGUGUACACAAACCUAUGUACCAUAUUUAUUCCUGGUCCUACCCCUGGGACCAGUCACGUUAACAGGACAAGAUUAUGUAUUAGUUGAAUCGGGAUGCGUUUGUAGACCAGAUCCUAUGCAGUAGGACAUUUCCUAGACUAAGACUGUAUAGUGAAUAUAGUGCUCAAAAUAUUAUUUAAUUUAUUAGAAAAUUCUUAAAUGUGAUUCCAAUUUAAUUUGAAGACAGAAUAUAUCUUUAUUGUUUUGUCUUUGAGUAUUUGUUUCCAUUGAUUUAAUUUAAAAAAAUACGGAAAAUAAAUAUGGUGUUGCAAACUAUGAUGCAAAGGCUAUGUUGCAUUGCUUUGCAUUGCCCAGUGUUGCCUGUCGCUAAGUAGAGUUGACAAGUCUAAUUUAAAUUGUAAAUUAUAUAUCUAGGAUAAUCAAAAAUAGAAAAAUUAUAUCUUUUACGAUUUUUUUUUCUAAUUUAAUAUUCAACGUAAUUUAUUAAAGAGUAUUUAA